GAACAGCAUCCGGAUUAAAAAUUUAUUCUACUGCAUCUGAGCAGUUAAAGAAAGUUUCUCUCGAGCUCGGUGGCAAAAAUGCUAAUAUUAUUUUCGAAGAUUGUGAUUUCGAAAAGGCUGUUGCGACUAGUAUAAAAUCUUCUUUCAGUAAUCAGGGAGAGAUUUGUUUAUGUGGAUCUCGUAUAUUCGUUCAAUCGUCGAUCUAUCAAAAGUUUCUUGAUGCAUUCGUUCCCAAGGCUCGUAAUAUAAUUGUCGGGGACCCUAAUGAUCCUAAAACUGAGGUAGGUGCCUUGGUCAGCCAAGGUCAUAUGGAAAAGGUACUUGGAUACAUCGAAUUGGCAAAACAAGAAGGUGGUGUGAUCGAAUGUGGUGGUGGAAGGAAACAUUUGCAGGGAGAGUUGCGUGAUGGAUAUUUUGUAGAACCCACAGUCAUCACUAAUCUCAAGCCAUCCAGUCGUGUGGCUCAGGAAGAAAUAUUUGGUCCGGUUGUCACUGUUCAUCCAUUCGAGACUGAAGAAGAGGUUAUUAAUUUGGCUAAUGAUAGUCAAUAUGGGUUAAGUUGUUCAGUUUGGACACAAAACGGUAGUCGCAUGCGUCGUGUCGCAGAGGCAAUUCAAGUUGGCACUGUAUGGGUUAAUUGUUGGUUAAUAAGAGAUUUAAGCAUGCCUUUUGGAGGAACAAAGAAAAGUGGAAUCGGAAGAGAAGGUGGAGAAUAUA